UUUAAUGUUAAUUGCUACGCUGAUCACUUUAUAACACUAGUUUGCUCGCCUAAAAAUAGGCAAUAGUUUAUUAGGCACGUCUUGUACAAUAAUUGAACGCAAUCAGGGCUAUAUUAAAGGAAACACUGUGCCGUAUAUAUUUAUACACUUCCAUGCUAAUGUGAAUACAUAUAUUUUAUAAACAAAAAAUACGAAAAAGAGGAGGCCAUAUAACAAAAUUCACUUACGAAUUCGCGCAUUAACAAAAAAGUGUUUGACUGUGGCAGUAGCAGCAUUUAUACAAACUAGUCUGCAUAUUAGUACACUAAUUAAAUUAAGAAAACUAUCAAAUUUUAGAAAGAAAAAACCACUUCUCAUACGACAAACACUGCCAUACAUAUUCCAUAACCAAUUUCAUUAAAAGAAAUGGAGCCAAAUCUCGUGCAGCAACUUAUCAACGCGUCGGAAAAGGCCGCUAACAUAGCGCGUGUGUGUCGCUCCAAUGAGGCGUUGCUAAAGUUAUUGGUGCAGGAAAAGACUGGACCGGAAGCGAAUGCGCGCUUUGAGCAUGAUUUCAAAACACUCGCUGACGUGCUGAUACAGGAGACUAUCAAACAUGAUAUUGGUGCGUUGUUUCCUGCGAUGCGCGAAGCUAUUAAUGGCGAAGAAUCACCGAAUUUCACAAACGCGGAUGGUGAGUCAGUGACUAUUGCUGUUGGUGAGACUGCUGAGGAAACAGCGCAAUGUCUGGCGACGAUAAUAAACGCUGAAGCGGCGGAAGUGCUUGCCAAUGAAGUGCAUCGCGAUGUUGUAUACGAAGAAGCACUUUUAGGCGAAAUACCAACACUACCUGAGGAUUUGGACUAUAGCAACUUGGGUAUUUGGAUUGACCCAAUCGAUGGCACCGCAGAGUAUAUAUCUGGCGAUAGCAUUUUCACCGACUUUCCAGGCAUAACAUCAACUGGCUUAGACUGUGUGACGGUGCUGGUGGGCGUCUACGAACGCACUACUGGCACACCAGUGAUUGGUGUUGUCUCUCAACCCUUCCACAACAAGUUGGACGAGAAUGUGUAUCGUUCGUUGGUAUUUUGGGGCGUGUGCCUGCCCGAUUUACAAGCGAACAAUUGUCAAUUUGAACGACCAGCGCGUGAUAAUCGACUGGGUAUAUUCUCCAGUUCUGAAAACGGUGAUAUACUGCAACAUAUUAUGGAAUUAGGUUAUGAAUUUGCAUUUGCUGCUGGUGCCGGCCAUAAAGCACUGAAAGUAAUUACCUGGGAAGUUGAUCUCUAUUUGUUGAGCAAAGGAUCCACAUUCAAAUGGGAUACGUGUGCGCCACAAGCUAUAUUACGUUCAUUGGGCGGUGACAUUUACAGUUACCGUGGAAGUAUCAGUGAGUGCAAGCCAAUACCACUCUCUUAUAGUGAAGUGAAUGAUGAAGUGGACAAUCCGAAAUGUAAUAAAGACGGUUUAAUUGCGGUGCGUGAUGCUGGCUUAUUGGAUGAGUUGCUACAGAAAUUGACGGUGUAAGCGUAUAUGAAGCGGAAAUAUUGUGCAAAAUAUUAAAAUUAAGCUUUAAGUGUCAAAACAGUGUCGAGGCAGUUGCAAGUCAGAUUUUUUGGUUAUGUUUAGCGAGAUAUGUAUGUGUGUUUGUGUAAUUUUGCUAAUAUUUUAUUAUGAAUAAUUUCGGAAAUUGUUUUCAUUCAAGUUUAUGCUGAUGUUGUUGUAUUUUAUAUAUGAAUAAUGUUGUAAUUGAACAAAAAUUGUUAAAUGUGUGCAAUAACAACACUCGAAUCUGCCUUUUUCAGUUUGUGAUGCAUAUUAUUAGGCUUUUAAUGAGCAUAAAUGCUGAUUACACUUGUUUAGGUGUAUGUUACUUCCAUUAUAUUAAAGUUAAAAAGCAAUUUGAAAAGCAAAAGCAAAUAUUUAGCAGGAUAUGUGGCUAAAGUAGUUAUUUGUGGUAUAUUUUUGAAAAUAUUUUUAAAACUUACUUUUGUGAUUUUUUAACCUUUUUUUUGGUUAUGAUACUUCUCUUCGUUGAGAAGUAAUUUUUUGUAAUUUUUUUUUAAGCAAACCACUAACCCUAUAAAAACUUUUAAUUAUAAAAUAAUAUAAUAAAUAAAAACAUUAUUUAGUCAUUGUUAUAAUCGGCUGUAUUCUUGUUUCUAUUACAUUAUUUCCAACAUAUAAAUCGGUUCGCUUUUGCAAAUACAAUUAAAUAAACAAUUACACACAUUGUUGUACGAUAUUACAAAUAAACAAAUAAUUACAUACAUAAAAUCAAAAUACUAAUUAAUUGUAAUUAUUGUUAAAUAAAUGUACGAUAUGCUUUGCAAAAAUAAUCAAGCAAAAAUCGCGUACAAUUUCAUUUUUAAUAUUAUGUUAGCUGCAGAACGAGAGUUUAAAUUUAUUACAUAAAUUACAACAGUUACACUUGGGAUUGAAAGUAUUACUUUAUAUUCAAAACAAAAAAACAAAAACAAUAAAACUAAACUUUAUAAAAUUACUUAUUCAAGUUAGAGGCUGAGCAAAAGGCACAACAGCGUUGACACAUAUACAAUACGAAGACAGACAGACAUUACUGCAGCACAAUGCAAAAUAUUAUAUAUUUGUAUGUAGACCUAAAGUGAUGUAAAGUGGUGGUUGGCAGUUGUGGAUUUUCGCCUUAUAAUUAGACACACAGUUUUUAUUCGGAUAUGUUGGCAUUUACAAAACACUUAUAUAAUAAAUAAAUUGUUAUGGAAGCUGUUUGUAAAUUGUAUACUUUCAAAGAGCGCUG